AUGAUCACCAAUCCCUGGAAGCUGGAUGAGGAUGCGUGGGAAUACAUCCGAACCUUCCCAGUCGAGCAGCAGGCUGAUGCCGCGAUCACCUAUGAAACCUUCAAUCACAAUUCCUACAAGGUGCCCUGCUACACCACCUUUGUUAUGUAUGGUCUUUUCACUUGCCUCAUCGCCGCUGCUGGAAUCAACAGCAUGUUAAGCUCGAGCUGCCCUUCACUUCACUUGAAGCUGAAGCGCAAGAUGCGGAUCGUACGUGCACACGUCUGGGAGCAUCCCCUGGUGCAACGCAAGCAUGCAUCUGUCGUUGCUUUCCCUUGGAUGCAGUGGUUGUCGCUUCAACUGCCGCUUCGCGGUGAAGCUGUGGUGAUUUUUUUCCUCUGCCUCAUCAACUUUCUUCCUCUCGUCGCCUUCUACGAUCUACUGAUUGGUGACCGAAACGUCUUUUACCCAGGCCCCACCAGCAAGCGUGACCAGAUUUGUCGCCAUCUCGCCGAUCGAACUGGAGUGCUAGGAACAGCACAGCUUCCUUUGCUGAUCCUCAUGGCCAGCAAGCGCACACCCCUUGCCAUCGUCUCUGGGCUCGGAAUGGACCGGCUCAUGCUGUAUCACCGAUGGAUCUCAAGGUGGUUCUGGAUUCACAUCUUCAUCCACACACUCGCCUAUACCGCAAUCUACAUGCAAGUCGAGGGCGGUGUAGCGGCAAUGCUGAAAGAUACUUACAUUCGCUGGGGUGUUGUUGGCCUUAGCAUGUCCUUCGGCCUCGUUUUCCUGUCUCUUCGCGCGCUUCGUCGACGCUUUUACGAGGUCUUUGUCAUGCUUCACAUUACUAUGGCCUUCUUCGCCAUCCUCGGCACGUAUUUGCAUAUCGCCUUGAUUGAAGCGCCACAGUUCGAAAUAUACAAGCUGAUGGCAGAAAUCGCUGCAGCAGUCUGGGCCUUCGAUCGGGUUGCCCGCUUCACCAUCCGUUUCUAUCUGUCCUUCUCCUUGUCAAAAGAUGCGGAUAGCUCGAAAGGCAACAAGCACAGCUCCGGCAUGAUCAAAUGUGCUGCAGGACAGAUCUACGCUUACGGUGCCAACGCAGAAUACACUCGGCUUCGUAUUUCAGUUCCGGUCAGCAAGCUGCGCUUGGUAGGCCAGCCACAAGCGUUUAUGCGAGGCAUUGCGGCAGGCGAUGAUAUCCGCAUCACGGUCCCGCGUCUGCAGUGGGUUGGCGAGCAUCCUUUCACCGUAUUUGCUGUUGGUCGGCAGCAGGACGAUGCAGCCCAAGGCUUUAUUGAUCUGCUUAUCAAGACUGAGGCAGGACUCACCCGAAAAUUAGCAGAUCGUGUCAUCGAUUCUGCCAGUCCACAGCGGAACGAAAAGGACAUUGAGCUUGCGGGCACGGCGUCGAAGAAAUCCAGCGUCUCUGUGCUGAUCGAAGGUCCAUUCGGCGUUGCACCAGAGCUCCACGAAGCUACCAGCGAUCUGGUACUGGUUGCUGGAGGUAUUGCAAUUACCUUUUGCUGGCCUCUGUUUGUCGAAGCUGUCAAGUCGAGCUGCAGCGCUGCUGUCCACCUCGAGCUGAGCUCUUGCAAGUUGAUCUGGAUUGUCCGACACGAAAGCACACUUACCUUGGUCGAGCAAGCUUUCAGCGAACUGGUCUCUGAGAUGCAGAACGAUCAGGCCGUUAAACGCUGUCGUUUCAGUAUGGAUAUCUAUGUCACAUCAGCAUCGAAAGAAUUGGCUGUUUCGCCUGCUUAUUCUCGUUCAGCGUCGACCAGGUCCAUAAAGGAAAAGGCCGAGAUUGAGGAUGCCCAAGCUGACCAGGCCUCGACUCCCUCUGGCACUAGCGACAGAAUCGAGCUUCCAACGUUGGCGCGCGUUGAGCAGGAGAAUGACGACGACCAGAAACUUUCAAAUCACAUCUUUUCCGAAGGCAGCAACGGCGAUACAAUCCAGGUGAGCCGCUUCACUGGUCGUCCCCAGGUUCUCUCUGCUGCCUUGUUCGAGCAUCUGGAUCAGCAGGCAUUGCUGCAAGAGCGCGAAAAGAAUCUGUCCGUAGCUCUAUGCGGGCCAGCCAGCUUGUGCGACGAUGUCAGAUUCGAAACUGUCCGUCUGCUCAAGAAAGGUAUCCACGUUAACCUCGUCGAAGAUUGCUUCACAUGGUGA